CAUCAAUGGAUCACAACCUUUUAUCUAUUAUCCAACGGCCUGUAUCGACUCGAUCUCUCAUUAUAAAAGAUGUCCACUGGCUCGUCUCAGCUCCCACUUAAACCUCCUUCGAUCGAAAACCUCUCUACUAGGGUUUUACGGAAAUCGUCUAAGAAUGGCUUUCUUUAGUAAAGCUGGGAAUGUACUCCGACAGGUGGUUAACAAGCCGCAAAUCAGCCAUGAGAUCUCUGCAUCCACACCUUCAGUUUUCCAAAUCCUGCGAUUUAUGUCAUCUUCAAAACUUUUUGUAGGAGGAAUCUCUUGGAGUACAAGUGAUGCAAGUCUUCAAGAUACCUUCCGUAAAUAUGGAGAUGUCAUUGAAGCAAGGGUUAUUACAGAUCGUGAGACAGGCAGAUCCAGGGGGUUUGGCUUUGUUACCUUUGGCAGUGCUGAGGAUGCUAGUGCGGCAAUCCAGGCAUUGGAUGGCCAGAUGCUUGAUGGCCGCUCAAUAAGGGUAAACUAUGCAAAUGAAAGGCCACCACGAAGCUAUGGUGGUGGGUCUGGUGGAUUUGGCAGCGGAGGAUAUGGUGGUGGCAGAUAUGGAGGUGGCGGCGGCUAUGGCGGUGAAGGUGGGUAUGGUGGCAGUGGGAAUUUUGGUGGUCAAGGUGGCGAAGGUAGCUAUGGUGCCAAUAAUUAUGGUAGCGGUGGCAGCAUGGGUUAUGGUGGUGACAACCAGAACUAUGGUGUUGCUGGCGGAGCUGGUGGAGGUGACAACUUCCCCAGUGCUGGCAAUACUUUUGGGAGUAGUGGGUUUGAGGGAAAUACAGGUUUUGGGUACGGCAGCAACAAUGAGAGCAGCAACAUAGAUGAAGCCGGGGGAGAUGAUAGCCAUCCGGAACAGGGGAGCUUUAGAGACGAUGAUGAUCAACCCGAUGACUAUGCCAAAAGAGCCUAGGAUGAUUUGAUUGCUUGACAAUAUUUUGUGCUGCAGCAGAUGCAAAGAUAAUGGAAGAUUCCCUCUUCCCUACCCCUUUUUCUUCAGACCUGCACUUUUUUAUUUAUUUAUUUUUCUUCUCAUUGACUGGCUAUGUAAACUGUAUUUGAGGUUUUGAAACCCUCUUGUUAUAAACAUUUGCCUAAUUAAAGAUGUACGGAUUAUCUUUUUUUUUU